CUUAGUGUUGUGCUGCAGGUGAUAGAGCUUCAACAAUGUGUGGCAGAAAGUCUCCGGAUCGAUAAUGCAAAGCUGUACUUAUUCUUGGAAGUUGAAAGAGAUGGGAAUCUACAACCCGUUCCCCCACCCGAGAAGCUGCAAGGAGAUAUACUCCACUUUGUGAAGGUUUAUGAGCCAGAAAAUGAAGAGCUACGGUACUUACAGACUACAGUGUUCUAGUUAUAGUAGUAGUAGUUUUUCUUUUUUUUUGGUCGAAGUAGUAGUAGUUGUAGUCACCGAUGAUAAAGCCAUGAAAUUGUGGUGAUGUUUCUUCCUUCUUGGCCUUUUUAGUUAUGUUGGAAGACUAUUUGUGAAAGGAAGUAGUAAGCCAG